AUGAACAAGGGUAAGAUUUUUAAGCUAGCAAAGAAGUUCUGUGGAAGGGCGAAGAAUUGCAUAAGAAUAGCAAGAGAGAGGGUGGAAAAGGCAUUGCAGUAUUCCUAUCGAGAUCGUCGGAACAAGAAGCGAGACAUGCGUUCUCUAUGGAUCCAGCGGAUAAACGCUGGCACUUGCCAACAUGGGGUUAAUUAUGGCAACUUCAUGCAUGGGCUUAUGAAAGAAAACAUUCAGCUGAACAGGAAAGUUCUGUCUAAGUUAUCUUUGCACGAACCAUACAGUUUCAAGUUUUGGCUGAAUUUCAUUAGAGAAAUUGAAAGGGUAAAGGCUGAAUUGAAAAAAGAAUUUGAGAUGAAAGAUUUGGGUGCUGCAAAACUAAUUUUGGGUUGUCUAGAAAUUAGAAAAUCACUUACAGGUUAUGUUUUAGCAGUUUUCGGUACAACUAUUAGCUGGAAAGCUAGUUUGCAAAAGAUGGUUGCUUUAUCUACUACAGAAGCUGAACUUAUAGCUUUAACAAAAGUUUUCAAGGAAGCUAUAUGA